GCAACGGAAGCUGGGGUUCCUCUUACGUGCCAGCCAUACCUACUAACUCCAUGUCCCACAGGAGAAAUGUGAAUCUCAGAGUUCCCAGGUCCUGCGCCAUCCUCCGUGGAUCCUCACAGUGGGCUGGAACGCCAUAGUAAAGGCCAAGCAUCGAGAAGAGGACACAUCCAAGAUCUUGGAGACAUCUAAGGCUUAAUGGGGACUUUUCCACAUUCCUGACUGCUGCUCUCCAACGAAGCUCUGAGUACUGGCAACAUGUGGAAGCCCGUGACAGAUCAGCGUCACUAGCCUUCAGUCUAAGCAGCAGCCCAGAACCAGUGUGGCCUGAAACUCCGGCAAGCAUUUAGAGAAAGACUCCUCUGCUCAUGGAAAGAGGAAAUGAAAGGAUUUCCAGCCAACCACGAGGAACUAUCCACCACUCCAAAGAGCUCACCUUCUUUAUCCAGCAUGCUGUCCCGCCUAGUGGUUCCCGUUCAGCCCUUGCACAGAAAACGCAGAGUGGUGGUCUAACGAAAAACCCAAAGGUCAACAUUCAGAAAAGGAGACCGGGAACAGCGAUUCUAUCAAAACACUCAAGUCGAAUUAUGUCAGAAAGCCAACCUAGACCCCCUGUGAUUCCAUCCCGCAGGCCAGGGUUCCGGAUAUGCUACAUUUGUGGCCGAGAAUUUGGGUCCCAAUCACUUGCCAUUCAUGAGCCUCAGUGUUUGGAAAAGUGGCGCAUUGAGAACAGCAAACUACCCAAGCACCUGAGGAGGCCAGAACCCUCCAAACCACAGCCCAUCGGUGGCAGUGACUCCUACAAUCUGCAGGCAGCCGAGGAGGCAUUUCAGAGUGCGCAGGCUCAGCUGCUGCCCUGUGAAUACUGCGGCCGCACAUUCUUGCCAGAUCGUCUCCUGGUUCACCAGAGAAGCUGCAAGUCAAAGGGUGAGAAUCCUAGAACAGCAAACACGAAUAGUCCUGACGUUCCUACUGGCCUCAAGAAAACUUCUAGCGGUAUCCCAGUCCGACCAAGGACUCUCAUCUGUUACAUUUGUGGUAGGGAAUUUGGCACGCUGUCCCUUCCUAUCCACGAGCCUAAAUGCUUGGAAAAGUGGAAAAUUGAGAAUGACCGUCUCCCUAGAGAGCUGCGUCGGUCACUGCCCCAGAAGCCUCAACCUCUUCCAACUGGACAGCCCAGCCAAAAGAGGGCGAGUCAAGCCGCACUUGUGCCUUGCCCGAAUUGUGGCCGGACCUUUGCUGUACACCGCCUACCUGUACACCAGAGAAGUUGUAGAUCUCAACCUAAUGGACUAAAACUUCUAAAUUUGAACCUAGAAAGGAAAGGCGGUCCAAAUGGAUCCAUUAAUUCCAAGCAUCAGAGGAAAAUGAAAGCACCCAAUGGGGACAAGGUAACUGGUGUCAUAUAAGAUGAAGUAGGUGGACUGGGGACAUACUCCAUCUUCAAAAGGAUAAGAGAACUAUUCCCAGAGCCAGCCACCUCAGCCCCAACGAUGGUUUCUCCCAAAGCCUUACUUGUGUCUCAAAGCAGCCUGUCCAAGUGGAUCUUCUUUUGGACUCUAGGGGCUGUGUGUGUGUGUGUGUGUGUGUGUGUGUGUGUGUGUGUGUGUGUGUGUCUGUUUUGCAAAGUAGAUCUAACAGAAUCCUUGUCUGGUUGGUUCAUAAUCCUCUUCAGUCCUACAUCCUAAAAGAGAUGGACUUUUUUUCUCUGACCCCUCAUCCCAGUGAUCCCUGGGAGAGACUGUUACUUAAAAUGAGUCAUUAAUGCCGUGUCUACAUUACAGAGAUAUGGUUCCUAUUCCAACGGCCAAUGUUUAUUGCUGGUUUAUUUUAGUCAUCUACCUUAGGAAUUCAGUUCUGGCAAUGUUGGGUUAUGCCGAGUUUAUCUUACUAAAAUAGAAUCUGUGUCAAAAACCCCAAAUGACUUUAGCAACAAUUAAACACUGGAACACUUGCU